GCUAUGUUCUGUGUCUUGUACAUUGUCAUUCAACCGGCUCUGUGUGAUGCCUUUAGAAAAUGAUUAUGACUCUGCAUUGUUGACCGAGACUGAAGGAGUAGCUCUUUGCUCAUGAAUAAAGCCUUCCUAUAAAAGAGAGGCUGCAACCAAAGAAAAGAGCAAGAGGAACGAGAGAAAGAAGAGAGAGAGAGAAAGAAAGAAAGAAAAGAGAUGGAGUCACAGGGCGAAGGGUACCCUCCCUUUUCGGUCUCAACUGGUGGUGAUGAGAGUAUGCAAGGUGUUAUGCAGAGAGAGGUGAACCCCUCAACUAGUGCUCCCCCUCUUCCAGAACUUAGGCUAGUCCUGCUGGGAAGGAAAGGAACAGGGAAGAGCUCUGCAGCCAAUACCAUCCUGGGAGGAAUAGGGGGGUUUGAGAGCGGCAGACCAACCGAGGAGUGCUCGAAAAAGCGAGCCGAUCUAACCAGGAGACGAGUCACCGUGGUAGACACCCCUGGCUGGGAAUGGUACUACCCGCUCAACAGCACCCCCGACUGGGUCCGGAGAGAGACGUUGCGCAGCAUGUCCCUCUGCUCCCCUGGACCUCACGUUAUCCUGCUAGUGAUACGUUCCUGCGCCUCGGUAACCGAGUCCUACAGGAAGCAAAUAGAGGAGCACCUGGAGUCUCUGGGGGAAGGGGUGUUGGACCAUACCAUGUUGCUGUUCACCAGGGGGGACGAGCUGGGUGUGGUGCCCAUGGAGCAGAGGAUCCUGACGGGUGGGGCUGCCUUCCAGCAGCUGCUACGGAGGUGUGGGAACAGGUACCAUGUCCUGGACAAUAGGAGCCGGGGAGAUGGAACUCAGGUAAGGGAGCUACUGAGGAAGAUGGUGGAGAUGGUGGAGAACCAGGGAGGACAUUUUGGGGCAGAUCCUGCCCUCCUGAGGUUGGAGGCAGACGGGAGGAGGAGAGCGAGGGAACGGAGGAAGAGGCAGAGACAGAUGGAGGCCCAGACUCAGAGGGGUACCAUCCGAGCUGUGCUUAUGACUGACGCUGGAUCCCAGGGCUCUGAUUGGGAUGGGAAACAACCAUUCUCCAAGGGUACUCGUCGUCUCCCAGAGCUGAGACUGGUCCUCCUGGGAGAGAGAGAGACGGGGAAGAGCUCGGCCGGGAACACCAUACUGGGUGGAGGUGGAGAAGGAGCAGGGUUCUUCCAGACAGGGAGAGUGACGGAGGAGUGCGCCCGGUGCCAGGCAGAGGUAGCCAUGAGGCUGGUCACCGUAGUGGACACCCCCGGUUGGGAAGGUGGAGUAGCAGGCCCCACCCCAGAGAGGGUAAAGCGGGAGAUGGUGUGGGGUAGCGUGUCCCUGUGUCCCCCGGGACCCCACGCUGUGCUCCUCACCCUGAGGGUGGACACCCUGGUCAGUUCCACACCUGUAAGAGAACACCUGGAGCUCCUGGGGGAAGAGGUCUGGAGGCAUGCUGUCCUCCUGUUCACCCAUGGGGACCAGCUGAGGGAGGGGGUGGGCAUUGAGCAGCACAUCCAAAGUGGAGGGAGGGACCUUAAGUGGCUGGUGGAGAAGUGUGGGAGCAGGUACCACGUCAUCAGUAAUGUGAAUGGCCGUGGGGACGCCGCUCAGGUGUCUGGCCUGCUGGAGAAGGUAGAGAAGAUGGUGGCCGGGAACAGGUGCGAGGCCUUCUCGUCGCUAGUGCAGGAGGUCAGCGACCUCACCAGACAGAGGAACGAGAAAUUCAACCAGCGUCUCAAAGAGGUUGGUGACAAGAUGCAGCGUCAGGAGAUGGAGCUCAAGAGGAUGAGGGAGAGGGAGGUCAAAAGCAUCCGCUGGUUUUUCGAUCGGAAGAAGAAAGUUAAAUCUCCGGGGAAGUCAGGCGUGGAAAAAGAGGAGGAUGGAGGGGAGGAGGAGGAGGAGAAAAGGAGUGAUGGGAGGAAGAACGAAAUGGGCGAACUAGAGGAGAGGAUUCGGUGGCUGACGGAGGAUAAGGAGAGAGAGAUUCAGGAUCUGGGCGCGGAAAACUACAGAUUCAUCGCUGCGCUCAAUCAGAGAAGCAGGGAGCGAGAGGAGAUAGUCAUCAAGCUAGAGGAGAGAGAGAGAGAGAUUGACGAGCUGAAAGAACGAGUUGAUGAGCAGCAAGUGAAACUGCUCGACCUUGAGCGUGUCAUCGGGGAGAAAGAACGAGAUAAAAAAGAGAGGGAGGAAGAGUUUAGAGGAAAGCAUCAGGAAUGGAGGAGGGAAGCAGAGGAUUUGAAAGACAGGAUAGCCCUGGAAGAAAAAGAAAAAGAGGAAUGGAUAGGAAGAGGAAAAACGUCACAGAACGAGAUGUAUGAGUCAAAACAGUUGUAUGAGGAGAGACUUUUACAGUAUGAGGAAGAGAUGCAGAGAAAACUGCAUGAAAAAGAGGGAGAGAUGGAGAGAAAACUGCAUGAAAAAGAGGAAGAGAUGGAGAGAAAACUGAAUGAAAAAGCGGAAGAGAUGGAAGGAGAGAGACUGCUAUCUGAGACAAGGGAAACAGAAAGGAGGGAUGAGCAAAGAAAGAGAGAUGAAAAGGAAAAGAAAGAGAUGAGCAAGCUGAAAGAAAUCAUUGAAAAGAAAAAUAAAGAAAUAACUGAUGCACAGCAAUUGGUUACAGAGAAAGAAAAAGAGAUUGUGGAAGUGAGGGCGAGAUCUGUUGACAACGUAAAAGAAAUUGAGCGGCUGAAAGAAAACAAUGAACAGAAGGAGUCUGAGGUGGUGGCAAUGCAGCGGCAACACACAGAGGACAAAAGUAGGAGAGAUGCCGAGGCAAUGGACAAGUUACGAGGGAAAGAAGUGGAGCUCAACAACUUAAUACAAAAGGACGGGGAAAAUAAGAGAGAACUCGUCCGUUUAAGGCAAACCAUUAAACAAACAAAAACAGAACUGGAAAACUUAACUGCCACGAUGGAGAAGGAAAGGAUGAACAUGAUACAGGAACAUGAAAAGGAAAUCAAGACGAAGGAAGAGGAGAUGAGGUUGAUGUUAGAAGACCACGAAAGUGCUGUCAGCCAACUGCAGAAAAAGGAGGCAGAAAGUAGAAGGAACAUUUCAGGCAUGACAGAAUGCUUAAGGGACAGCCAGGGGAAGGUUGAGGUACUGCAGGAGCUGAACGUGAAAUUGAAGAAAGAGAUGGACAACCUCAGGAAGAAGUGUCAGGAGUACGAGGAGGACCAGGGGGUUCAGAGGACCAAGAGCGAGAGCAGGGAGGCUGACAUCAGAGAGCUGCUCUGUGGAUAUGAAGAGCAGUUAAAACACAAAGACGGGGAAAUCCACCAUGUUAUGGAAGAGCGGAACCUGGAGGUUGCUGCGUUGAAACAGACAAACGACCAGAGACAGAAGGAGCUGGAGAAUAUGAAAGAAGGGGAGGAGGUGAGAGAGAAACAGGUGGAGGAGAUAAGAGGGUGCUAUGAGAAGAAUCUGAGAGAAAGGCAGCAUGAGCUGAAACAGACGGCUGAGGAAAAGGAGCAAGAGCUUGAGAAACGGGGGAGAGUGUAUGAUGAGAAGGAGCGAGAACAAGCAAGAAGUAAAGAAGUGCUGGAUAACAGAGGACGUGAACUUGAGACAAAAGAUGCAGAGCUAGUGAAAAGAGAAGAAGUGCUAGUGAAAGGAGAGGAAGGGCUAGUGAAAAGAGGGAAAGAGCUAGUGAAAGAAGAGGAACGGCUAGUGAAAAGAGGGAAAGAGCUAGUGAAAGAAGAGGAAGGGCUAGUGAAAAGAGGGAAAGAGCUAGUGAAAGGAAAGGAAGAGCUAGUAAAAGGAGAAGAAGCGCUAGUGAAAGGAGAGGAAAAGCUAGUGAAAGGAGAGGAAGAGCUAGUGAAAAGAGAGGAAGUGCUAGUGAAAAGAGAGGAAGUGCUAGUGAAAAGAGAGGAAGUGUUAGUGAAAAGAGAGGAAGUGCUAGUAAAAGGAGAGGAAGUGCUAGUGAAAAGAGAGGAAGUGCUAGUGAAAGGAGAGGAAAAUCUAACGCAAGGAGAGGAAGAGCUAUUCAAAAGAGAAGAAGAAUUAGUGAAAGGAGAGGAAGAGCUAAUGAAAAGAGAGGAAGAGCUACUGAAAAGACAGGAAGGGCUAGUGAAAGGAGAGGAAGAACGAGUGAAAAGAGAGGAAGAGCUAGUCAAACGAGAGGAAGUGCUAGUAAAAGGAGAGGAAAAGCUAGUGAAGAGAGAGGGAAAUCUAGCGAAAGGAGAGGAAGAGCUCUUCAAAAGAGAAGAAGAAUUAGUGAAAGGUGAGGAAGAGCUAAUGAAAAGAGAGGAAGAGCUAGUGAAAGGAAAGGAUGAGCUAUUUGAAAGAGAAGAAGAAUUAGUGAAAGGAGAGGAAGAGCUAGUGAAAAGACUGGAAGAUCUAGUGAAAAGAGAGGAAAAUCUAGUGAAAGGAGGAGAAGAGCUAUUGAAAAGAGAGGAAGAGCUAUUCAAAAGAGAAGAAGAAUUAGUGAAAGGAGAGGAAAAGCUAGUGAAAAGAAAGGAAGAGCUAGUGAAAGGAAAGGAAGAGCUAGUAAAAGGAGAAGAAGGGCUAGUGAAAAGACAGGAAGAGCAAGUGAAAGGAGAGGAAAAGCUAGUGAAAAGAGAGGAAGAGCUAUUCAAAAGAGAGGAAGUGCAAGUUAAAGAAGAGGAAAAGCUAGUGAAAAGACAGGAACAGCUAGUGAAAGGAGAGGAAAAGCUAGUGAAUAGAGAGAAAAUGCUAGUGAAAGGAGAGGAAGAACUUGAGAAAAGAGAGGGAGAGCUAGUGAAAGGAGAGGAAAAGCUAGUGAAUAGAGAGAAAAUGCUAGUGAAAGGAGAGGAAGAACUUGAGAAAAGAGAGGGAGAGCUAGUGAAAGGAGAGGAAGAGCUUGUGAAAAAAGAGGAAGAACUUGAGAAAAGAGAGGGAGAGCUAGUGAAAAGAGAGGAAGAGCUAGUGAAAAGAGAGGAAGAGCUUGUGAAAGGAGAGGAAGAGCUUGUGAAAAGAAAGGAAGAGCUAGUGAAAAGAGAAGAAGAGUUGGAAGGUAGAAGACGAGAAGUAAAGAACUGGGAGGAAGAUCUAGAAACAAGACAGAAAGGACAAGAAAAACAGAAACAGGAGUUGUGGAGCCGAGAAAAAUGCUUGAAAAGAAAGGAAGAAGAGUCUGAAAGCCAAGAACAAAACAUCUGCAGCAAGGAGCAAGAAGUGGAGAAAAUAGAAAAAGAGCUGCAAAACAGAAAGAACCAACUUGAUAGUAGAGAAUAUGAUUUAAAGACUUCGGAAGAAAAUAUUAAGAAAAUAGAGCUGGAUCUAGAAAACCUGCAGCGACAACAGGACAACCGUCAACUAGAGCUGGAUGAAAGGGAAAAUGAACAAGGGAGUGGGAAGACAGAACAUCAGAACCAGAGAGAGGAUCUGGAAAAAAGAGAGACAGAACUGAGGGCCAGAGAACAUGAUUUGAGAUGUGGAGAACAAGGGUUCGAAAACCAGGAAGAGGAUAUGAACAACCGGCAGCACGACAUGGACAAAAGACAAGAAGAAUUGGAAAAUAUACAACAAGACCUUGAGAAAAGGGAGCUUCACCUGGGGAAUAGAGAGGAAGAAAUAAAGAAGCACAGACAAGCUCUGGAAAAAAGAGAGAAAGAGAUCAAAGACAGCAAACAAGGACUUGAAAACAGAGAACACCAUUUGAAGAAUGGAGAGCAAGAGUUACUGAAAUGGAGAACAGAGUUAGAAAUUCAAGGGAAACAUAUGAGCAACAGAAGCCAAGACAUGGAAAAGCUGAAGGGGGAGGUGGAAAACCAUCAACAAGAGCUAAGGAACAGAGAGGAAGGUUUUGAAGACAAAAUGCAAGAGUUGAGGAAUUGGGAGCAGCGUCUAGAAAGACUUGAAACAGAACUAGAGAGGAGAGAGCAUGAACAGAGGAAUAUGAAUAAUGGAUUCGAGGGAAAGGAGCAAGAAGUUAACCAUUUUGAAAAAGAUCCGGAUGGCAGAGAUUAUGACGUGGAGAUCAGAGAGCCUAACGGAUUGAUACCAAGCCAUGAAGCACAUGGAGGAGAUGUCUGUGACAUGACAACAAGAUGUGAUAAUGUGACACUAGAGGGUAUAGAGGAUUCCCAUAUGAUGUACCAGGAAGUAGGAGUGGUGGAGAAAGAAGGACGGGAACUGCAGGGAAAAGAACCAGAGAGGAGUGGAAGCAUCACAGACCGGGAAGAUCAGACGAUGAUGGAAUGUGCCUCGUCUACAAUCUUAAACAAUAACAGUCAGUUUGAAAGAAUGGCAGCGCCAGAAGAGAAAGAGGGGGCGGAAGAAUGUAAAAAGAGGGGGAGAAUGGGUGAAGAGGAGGAUGAGGAGGAUAAUUAUAAGGAAAUUGAAGAUGUAAACGUUAUCUCAGACUUAAAGUUAACUCCAAGUCCAGGCCCCAGUGUAGAAAACACUAAGCACAUCCAAAGGUCUGAGCUGAGGCUGGUACUGUUAGGGGAGACUUGGUCCUCCCGUCACCCAGCAGGGUACACAAUCCUGGGCAGAGAGGCCUCACACCCAGGUGAGUCCAUCUCGAUGCCAUGGCGGGGACAAAUCGCUGGAAGACAGGUCAGUGUGGUAGAACCACUUGGGCUAAAGUGGCGUGACGGACCAGACGGCAACACCUCCGUCACCACAGACCCAACACAGCUCCGGAACAUCUUCCAUAAUGUUUCCCUGUCCCACCCAGGUCCCCACCCAGGUCCCCACGCGAUCCUCCUGGUCCUGCCAGCCUACCUGUCAUUCACACAGAAGUAUCGGAGAGCGGUGGAACACCAUAUGAGUGUGCUCGGGGAAGAUAUUUGGCGUCGCACUAUGGUGCUGUUCACGUGGGGGGAAGCUUUAGGGGAGAGUGCGGAGCAGCACAUAUUGAGGAAUGGGGACCUCCAGUGGCUCGUGGGACAAUGCGGCGGUAGAUACCAUAUUCUGGCCAGCAGGAAGAACAACUCUCAAACAGCAGAGCUAAUGGAGAAGAUAGAGGAGAUGGUGGCAGGAAACUAUCAAUGUAAUGGAGACUGAUAAACCGUUGGGAUGAGUAGAGAUGAAUGGAGAGACAAAGGAUGGACUGGGAUGAUAUGAGAGGGAAAUAAUCAGUUGUUUGAAAUUUUUGCGAAUAGGCCAAUGGCGGGAUGUUUAAUUUCAUGUGUAUUUUUUAAAUAUUUGUUUAUAUAAAAUAUCAUUCAUUAAUGAGGAGAUAUGUUACAGUUACCAAAUACAGAGUCAAACUACAGAAGCAAAAUAAAUCACAGAUGAGUCGUUCACAAAUGUCACAAAUAUUCUAACUUCAAUGAAUUGUUCCUUGACAAUCCUUUUACAUACAAAUGUCAAACAUUUACCAAACAUGCUUGCUCCAAAAGGGACUUUUUCAUGUAUUACAUUUCAGAAAGAUCCAAAAUGCUGUGGUCUUUUUUGUUCCAGUUUCGCACGGAAUGACCCAUAAGACUGCUUAUAGGUUAAAAAGUUGGAUUUACAGUAUGUGAGUUCAUAGUUUCUCCACAAGAUAGAGAUCUUGUGUCACUUUCUGUGGAGGGCAGAUGGAGUGUUUCAAGAUGCUGAUGUUCAACAUGUUGAUAAUAAAUUGUAUUAAAUGAGUUCAAAUGUGUCCAAGCACCAGUACGUUUAAUUGAGACAUCAUAAGUGAAAUAUGAAGUGGGCUAAUGUAUACAGGGUCAUAGUGGGCCAGGGCCACAGUAUUGCAGAGUUGGAGUGCUGAUCUAGGAUUAGGUCCCCCCUUGUCCAUGCAAUCUUAUUCAUUGAGAUUUAAAAGAUAAAACUGAUCCUAGAUCAACACUCCUACACUGAGAUGCUUUGUGAAAACAGGCACAUUGAUAAAAAUAGAAGAAUAACUUGGAAAACCAAUCCCGUUACAGUUUUUCUCAGUCGCUUUGGUGCAUUUCUUAGAUCAAAAGUGCAAUUCUUGAUACUACUUGUACAAAUUCCAAAUCAUCUAGUCACAUGUGCACAUCAUUAAAGCAAUUUCUUAUUCCUUUGAACAAGUUGCAAUAUAUAAUGUACAAGUGUCAGAUUUUUUCCACAUGAUCAAUUGCUCAUGUCAUGUUGAUCAAAAUAUAGUAGAUGGUUCUCUGUUGAAUAGUCUUACCCCU